GGGAAGCGUUUGGAUCUGCAGCACCGAGCCUCAGGAGGUUCUAGCAACAUAAAGAACCAGACAUACUGGGAAACUGGUUCAGGUUUAGUCCAACAUCGACUGGUGGGAUUUCAAGCUGCAAAUGUUGGAGCAAAGAUUGGAAUCAUAGGAGGAAGAGUAAAACAUCUGUGAAAGCAGAAGAAAACGUCUCCACCCGGAAAUUAAAACUUAAUACUGAAAAUAAAUAAAAACUAACAGGGAUCCAAGCAGAAAUUAAAGGAACCUUUUUCAGCCAGUAACAGACUUGGUUUUAGUCUUUCCUCAUGACGACUGGAAAGACAGAAGAAACUGAGGAGAUAUGUGGAAAUCAAACCACGGACGAGACCAGCAGCAGAGCAGGAAACCUGAAGCUUUAUGGGUCCUUCACCGCUCUGAGCACCAUCGCCAUCCAGGCUGGACAGUCCCAGAUCGUUGCCUCUGUUCUUAAGAGCGGCUGUCUGAUCCAUCUCCAGCUGGUCCAGUUCCAACCCGGACUCUGUGAGAUCGGAUCGAACCAGGAGGAAAACCACAUCCUGAUCCAGGAGCACCAGCAGCUGCUGCAAAAGCUCCAGAAACAUGAGCCUGAAGUGUUGGCUGUGGUGGAGAAGAAACAACAGGACAGACUGAGAAUGAUGAGGGAUGGAAGGAGGAAACAGAAGGAAGAGGAGGUGAAUGAGGCGAUGAAGGCGUCUCUGAGUGAGGGAUGGUCUCUUCUCCUCUGUCUGCUGGGAGAACGUCUGGAAGUCCUGAAGCUGGCUUCAGAUUUCUUCCUCUUGGUGAUGGAGUUUUCCAUCAGCAUCGACAGAUUAGAGGAUCUGCAGAUUAAAGCAGAUGAAGACAAACUCACUGAAGUUCAGGUCACCUACGACUUCAUGAGGAAAGAUCUUCUGGGAAGGUCCCUGCAGGUUUUAACCAGCAGCAGCGUCCUGCUGCAGAGACUGAGGCAACUGCAGAGGACUGAGGCCAUCCAGAGGAGAGGAAGGGUACUGCAGGAUGAAGAAGAGGUGGAGAGUUCCCAAGGUUCCCAGUUCAGCAGAGGCCCGGUGUUAAGGCUGGAGGAGCUGGUGGAGGCGCUGCAGGACCGAAGGCAGAGGGCUGACCAGGCUUUCAGACUGCAGUUACAGCAGGCAGAGGUGGUUCUGAAGAUGAAGGCAGAGUCCAAAAGAGCCAGCACCGAACAUCAGCUGCUGUCUGCGCUACAGGACCAGAAUGUUCUGAACCUGAACUUGCAGUCUGGAUCCACAUCAGACCACACCGUAGACCCAGGUUCUGAAGGAUCAUCUGAGCCUAAUAUGUUGGGGCCAGCAUGCACUUUAGAUCUGCAGUCUAAAUCCUGGUCAGAACAAAGACCUAUAAACCAACCGGAGGUCAUGGAAGAUGUAAACCUGGAACAUGGAUCCAGAUUACAAGAGUCUGGAAAAGAACCUGAUGUAAAACCAGAUUUUUGGUUAGACCUGAACUCUCAGUCUAGAGAUCUGAAGUCUGGAUACAAAUCAGAUAAAAUCAAAGAUGUGCAGGCUGACCUCAAGCAUGGAUCCAAAUCAGAUCCGCUGUCAAAGUCCAGAUCAACAGAGGCCAGAAACCACGGACUGGGAUCCAAAUCAGAUCUGAAGCUUAUACCUGCCUCAGAGAAGACCAAAAACCUGAUGGGCAAUUUUAGAUCAGGAGAGACGACUGAAACCAGAUCAGAGGCCGAAGUGGUGUCUCUGAAAUCUGCAUUGCAGGGGCAGUCUAGAUCUGGAUCAGAGAAGGCCAGAAACCUGCUGCCUGAAUCCAGUUUAGAUGAGAGUACAGACCUACAAACUGGACUGUGGUUAGACCUUAAAACAGAACCUGCCACCAAAGACUCUCAGUCCAAUUUUAGAUCAGGGCCAAAGAACCAAUCCAGGUCAGAAUUACUUCAAUCUGGAUCAAAGGAGGGGAAGGAUGUCAGGCCUGCAUUCAGAUCAGAUGAAACCGGUAAACAGCAGCUGGAGUCCAGAUCAGUGGAGACCAGGGACUCACUUCCUGGUUCCAGACCAGUUCUCACAACCAGAUCUAGAUCACAUGAGCAGCACACAUCUGGGUGUGAUGUGAAACCUGGAUCCACAUUAGAUGACACCAGGAUCCAGCAUACAGGAUCCAGAUCAGAGGGGAUCAGAAACCUGAAGCUCAGUUGUCGAUCAGAAAACAUAACUGAAACCAUAUCAGAGAAGACCAGAAAUCAGCAGCCUGAAUCUGGUCCAGCUGGGAUCACAGACCUCCACACUAGAUCCAGGUUAGACCUGAAGAACCAAUCCAGCUCAGAUGUACCACGAUCUGGAUCACAGGAGGGGAAGAAACUAGGGACUCUACAUGGGGCUGAGAAGACCCGGAAACAGAACGAGAAAUCCAAAAUGGCGGACACAAAUGACUCUAACUUUAGUUUUAGUUCAGUUCUCAAAUCCAGAUCCAGAUCAGAGGAGCAGCAAAGAUGUGGAUCUGAUGCAAAGCCUGGAUCUGAAUCAGAACUGACCAAAACCCAGCAGUCAGGAUCCAGAUCAGAGGUCUCUGGAUCUGGGUCCGACCCGCUGUCAGUAAAGCACCAACUCGAUGAAACCAAGCUGGGAUUAAACGAGCAACAGUCUCACCACCAGAUGGAGGCCCAGCAGCAACAGGAGCAUGAGAUGUUCAGCAGUGGAUACCAGGAGAGAUUGAUGAAGACCCUGCAGGACCUGAACUGUGCCUCAGAGCUGCUGGACUCCUGCACACAACUGGAUCUGGGUUCAGAGCUGCAGACCUCCAGGCUGCUGGAGCGCUUUAAACAGGCAGAACCACAUUUCAGGCAGCUGGAUGCUGAGGUGGAGUACACGGUGAAGAGCUGGGAGAGUCUGAGAGAAGUCCAUGCCUGCCUGGAGGAGGUGAAGACAAGAGCAGUGAUGAAUGAGGAUCUAUUAGAGCUGCUGAAGAUCCAGCAAACAUUGAAGGACAAGAUACAGCGGAGCGAGUUGAUCCUGAACCUGAGCAGCAGCUUCCAUCUCACAGCCAAACAGCUGGAGCUGCUACUUCAGUCAGAACCUACCAGUCCUGUAACUGGUUCUACUGGUUUACAUGGAUCCAGAGAAGCAGAGCUGGGUCAGCUCCAAGAAGCCGAGCAGCAGAUCCAGAACCUCCUUAAAACCACAUCGACUAUGAGGACAGACAUCUGCGCUGCAGUUUCACAAAGUAACUGGGCAGGUUUCCAGGUGGAGCAGCUGGAGGUUCGCCUGGGUUCUCUGGACUCUCUCUGUGAGUCUUGGCUGAACAAAGCAGCUCAAUGUGAAGAGGAGCUCCGCAGAGAGAAGCUGACUCACCUCCUGCAUGAAGACAUCACCCAGCUGCGUGAGUCCUUCAAGGAGCUGAAGAAACGUUUCAGCAACACGAAGUUCAACUACCUGAAGAGAAACGACAGGACGAGGAACCUGAAGGGUGUCUGGAACCAGCUGCAGCAGAUGGAGGUGUACCAGGAAAAGCUGCAGGGGCUCAGGAAGCGCAUUCAUCGUGUGAUGGCCCAGCAGGGCUCUGAGGUGAAGAACACAUGUGUGGCCCGACAGGUGGAGGACGCUGUCAACGAGCUGCAGAGACAGAUGGGACAGCUGGAGAGAAACAUCUGUGAACACCAAAAAACCCUGGACAUGACGUGCAGACUGCAACAGGCCAUGGACGAGUACCAGCUCUGGUGUGAGGAGGCGAGCGCCACCAUUUCUCGUGUCGGAAAGUUUUCUUUGGAGUGUCGCAGCACAGAAGCUGUAUCUGUUCUCUACCGGCAGUUUGAGAAGUUUGUUUGGCCGACGGUACCUCAGCAGGAGGAGAGGAUCAGUCAGAUCACAGAGUUGGCUAUCAGGCUGCACGGGGUGGAGGAGGGGCAGCGUUACAUCGAGAAGACGGUCAGUAAACACUCAGAGAUGGUGGAGUCCAUCAGAGAGCUGAGCAAUGGACUGAUGGAGCUGGAGGCCAAACUGAAGUUGGAGAGUCUGAAACAGCAGCAGUUUGAUGAAGACAAGGAGGUAGAGGAGGAAGGCGAGAGGGAACACAGGAGACAGACAGAAGAGCAGAAGAUAAAAGAAAAGAGGAGGAUGAAACAGAAGAAACAGAGGGAUAACCGCAGCACGCAGGAGGCUGCUGACAUGCAUGAACUUAAAGAGACAGGCCACACCCCUGAACUGAUCACUGAGAAAGAUAGAAAAGAGGCUGCUGCAGCCAAUAGGGAGCCUCCAUUAGAAAAGACUCAGAGCCAUGGGGUGAAUGGACUGAAAGCGAGCAGAGAGCUACAGAGUGGGAAGUUCACCUCCUCCUUCACCUCCACCCACACCAUCUGCUCACCUGUGGAUGUCAAACGACAGGUCCAAGCCGCCCCCAACCAAUCACAGACUGUCUCUACCGAACCUCAGGCCACACCCUCUCAGUCUAUCAUUGGUCGAUCACUCCCUGAUAACCAGGAAGAGUUUCAUAGCGAGAUGGAAGGAACUGAACUACAGAUGGAUUCCAGUUUCUGCAGAUCAAACACAAAUUUACUAAAGGAAACCUCUCCACAUGUGGAACUCCAUCAACCAGAGGUGAUGACUGACGAUUUUCUUUCCAAUGAUGAGUAUGAUUGUGCAUCUCCUGAUGACAUAUCCCUGCCGCCACUGGCAGAGACACCCGAGUCCAACAUGUUCCUGUCAGAUGUCGAGGAGGGUUUCUGUUUUAGUUCUCAUAGUGUCCACAUCAGCCAGGCCAGCCACCAGUUCCAUGCCCAGUCAGAGCCAACUGGAACUGGUCCUCUCCCACAACAGAAAGAGUCAGGUCAGACAGAAAGUUGUCCACCUUCUACAGUCCGUCUGCACAGCAGCACCAGUUUCAGAUCAGAGUCCAGAUCCUUCAUGCCAAGUCCCUCCACAGUUCCUGUUGCAACACCUUUUAUUAGCACUCUAUCCACCAUCCUGAAAACCAAGGAUUCAAGCACUGUCCUUUCUCUGGAUAACUCAGUCCAUGGGUACAGCACAAUAGACUGCUCUAAAGAUAGAAAUGGCUUAAAGAAGAGGAGUCCAUCCAAAACCCCUACACAGGACGUGAGUCAGAACCUUUGUCCACAGUCCUUUAAUGGUUCAGACACUGUUCUCCACAAUUACAACAGUCCUAAAGGAGACACUGGGGUUCAUACAUUCAGGCCUAGUUACACCAGAACAGACUGUAUCCUUCCUGAAAAAAGGGAUUUGCUGGAAUCCUAUCAUGGCACAAGAAGUCACACCCGUCAGGACGUGAAGUCUGUCACAAAUUCAAGAGAAACCACACCUCAAAAGGACAGUCUUACUAAGGCCAGCACCAGUUUAAUUUCUCAGCAAAGCACUCACAUCCAGUCCUCUUUUUCAGGCAAUCAUUGCACCAUCCAAAAGGUCUGCAGCAGCUCAGCACAGGAAGGUACGAUCAACUCCCACUCUGAUCCAGUCCCCAAGUCUGAACAGUCCUUUCAGAGUUCAAGUGUUGCAGAUUCUGUCCUCCUCAAAGACCUGAGUCUACUACAAGAUGAUGACUUUCUGGAAAUCUCCACAACAAUCCCCCAAAGUUCAACAAUGCUUCAAGAUUCAGAUCCUUCACAGAAUUCUACAAACACCGGAAGUAAACAGGAUCAGGACGUACCUUCCCCACUUAGAGACAGCAGUCUUUGGGCGACUACCACAAUCACCCAGCAGAGCAUCUUCAACCAGUCGUUCUCUUCAGGCAAGUCACAGACAGACACAACUUCAAACAAGGAUGCCAGAGAUCCACCUGUGAACCUCACUCACAGUCCUCCACAGCCAACAUCUAUCAACAACAUCGGUAUCUGCUGCAGCAAGCAGAGUCUUCAGACAGUCUACCCCCUCCAGGAGUUCCUGAUCUUCAACCACCCCCAGCAGUUUGUGCAUGGUCCCAGCAUGAGUCCCAGUUUAGCUCAGCCUGCUCCUCCCCACCCAGAUCCUCAGACCCAUGCUUCACCUCAUCCAGCUAAUCUGCAUGGCACAUCUCCAUAUUCACCACCUCAUUUACUAACACCAACCCAAGAUCCUGAUAUUUGUCUGCCCAUGGCCAUCCGUGAGGAGAUCAGACUUACUCCCCAGAUCCAGGGGCCUCAUCUUCUUCAGUCCUCAUCAGAGUCUCUUCCUCUGGAAAAAGCCUCUGAACCUGGCCUUCCCUGCUUCACCAGGCCCCUGUCUCAAGCCAUCAUCAUGGAGGGCUCUCCAGUAACUUUAGAGGUGGAGGUGAUGGGAAAACCAGAGCCCAGGCUCACUCGGGGCAGCAGCUGCAGGGUUACACAUGAAGGGGUGUCUCCCUGUUACAUGGAUCAGAACCGGGACCAGGAGCAGACCUAUUCCCUUCAGGCCUCGCAGCAGUUGGCGGGAAGCAGCAGCAGCGUUGGGGAUAACUGGCUGGUGUUGGAGGUGUUUGACAUCAUCAUGGAGGACUGGAGCACCUGGUUUGGGACUCUGUGUGUCCUGCUGUGGCUGCUCUGGCUGAUUUUACUCUGACCCCUCAAUUAUCAUACUCUGAGCUUUUUAUUUCCGCUCAAUGCAUUUGGUAUUAAAGAACAAUCUGAGCUGUAGGUCAAUCUGCUUUUAGUUUAAUUAACCUCUACAUUGGUGGGUCAUUUUCAUUUAACUUUGAAGGCACCUGAUUCUGAAUGAAACUGGCUUUGUAAACCUGAGAUUUGAUAAAUGUUGUAAUUUACUUUGAAACGUUUGUGUUAAGUGUGCUACAGAAUUUAACCACAGGUACUUCUUCAGCACCUUCUGUUAAAUAAAAUCCCAUGUAGUGCCCAUUACCUCUACAGGUGACUGUUUGAUCCAGGUAGCUUCAGACUGCCGGCUGCUAUAAACAAGGAUUUAUUUCAGUCUAUGCUGGAUAUGUUCGUUCGUUCGUCGUCUUCCGCUUAUCCAGGACCGGGUCGCGGGGGCAGCAGACUCAGCAGAGAUGCCCAGACGUCCCUCUCUCCAGACACCUCCUCCAGCUCCUCCAGGGGG